UGUGUCGGCGCUGUUGUGAGCGAAGCAAAUCGUGACAGGCUAGUAGCAGCGGACUGUAAACAUGGCGGCGUGCACAGCUACAGGGCUGUGCCGAAAACCCCGUUACUACUAGUCUGCUAGACAGAGACACCCCAAAAAUGGAGACCGAAGAGGAGCAGCACAUAACGACGCUCCUCUGUAUGGGCUUCCCAGACCCCGACGUGAUACGAAAAGCGCUCCGGCUGGCUAAGAAUGACAUCAACGAGGCAGUGGCGCUCUUGACGAACGAAAGCCCCGGACUCGGGUAUGGAUAUGAACCGAUGGAGAGUGGGCCUAACCCCGGCUUGGGCUCGAGUGGAGAGGGGGAAAACAGCGGGCGGACUGGCACAGGAGGGUUUGACCCUCCUCCAGCAUACCACGACGUAGUGGAUAGUGAGAGGAGCAAUGAUGAGAAUGGGAACUGCUCUGGGGGAAGCAUGGAGUUUCCCACCACCAACCUGUAUGAACUGGAAAGUCGAGUCUUUACUGACCACUGGUCCAUACCUUAUAAGAGAGAGGAGUCCCUGGGCAAGUGUCUCAUUGCCUCCUCCUGCCUUGCCCGACAUGGUCUUGCUGACGCUGAUGAGAAUUGCAAGCGCUUUAUGGAUCGUUGCAUGCCAGAGGCCUUUAAAAAGCUACUGACCAGCAGUGCCGUACACAAAUGGGGCACAGAGAUUCACGAGGGAAUCUACAACAUGCUCAUGUUGCUGGUGGAACUGGUUGCAGAGAGGGUGAAGCAGGACCCUGUACCUGUAAACCUGAUGGGAGUGUUGACCAUGGCCCUUAAUCCUGACAACGAGUACCAUUUUAAGAACCGGAUGAAGGCCUGUCAGAGAAAUUGGGCCGAAGUUUUUGGAGACGAGGCUAACAUGUUUGCCGUCUCUCCAAGCAACGCCUAUCAGAAAGAGCCCCAUGGUUGGCUGGUUGAUUUGGUGAAUCGAUUUGGAGAGCUGGGAGGAUUCACUGCCAUCCAGACGAAACUCAACACUGAGGAAAUUGAGAUAGCUUAUGUAUCUGCUCUAGUCCAACCCCUCGGAGUGUGUGCUGAAUACCUUAACUCCAGUCUUGUCCAGCCUAUGCUGGAUCCAGUCAUCCACAAGAUGAUCACAUAUGUACAAAACCUGGAGGAGAAGGACCUUAAAGAUAAGCGUCUGGUGAGCAUCCCGGACCUGCUGUCAGCCAUCAAGCUAUUGUGUAUGAGGUUCCAGAGGGAGCUGGUUACUGUGGUAGAUGAUCUCCGGCUGGAUACUCUUCUACGUAUGCUCAAAACACCCCACUUCUCCACUAAGAUGAACUCCCUCAAAGAGGUGACAAAGUUAAUAGAAGAGAGCACGGUUUCAAAGUCUGUGAAAAACGCCAUUGACACAGAUAAACUGCUGGACUGGCUUGUAGAGAACUCUGUCCUGUCAAUAGCACUGGAAGGUAACAUUGAUCAAGCUCAGUACUGUGAGAGGAUUAAGGGAAUCAUUGAGCUGCUGGGGAGUAAACUGUCACUAGAUGAACUCUCCAAGAUCUGGAGAAUACAGGCGGGUCAAUCAUCAACUGUAAUAGAAAAUAUUCAUACAAUAAUUGCUGCUGCUGCUGUGAAGUUCAGCUUUGACCAGCUCACUCACCUCUUCGUUCUCAUACAAAAGAGCUGGGAAGUUGAGAGUGACCGUGUAAGGCAAAAGCUGCUCAGCCUGAUCGGGAGGAUAGGCAGAGAAGCUCGCUCUGAAACCACAACAGGAAAGGUGCUGGAGGUGCUGUGGGAGCUGGCUCACCUCCCCACCUUGCCUACCAGUCUAGUUCAGCAGGCACUGGAGGAGCACCUGGGGAUUCUGAGCGAUGCCUACGCUGUUAAGGAGUUGGUGAAACGCAGUUACAUUAUUAAAUGCAUUGAAGACAUUAAGAAGAACUUCACUCAGGAAGACAGUAAAGGCAACGAGACUCAUAGCUCAUUUCAUAUUGGCACUUGGGGCAAGAAGAAAUCUAACUCACUGGCCAAAUUAAAAGAGCAGAGCAGUCCACAGGCGGUCUGGGUUGUUCCUGCUCUCCGUCAGCUGCAUGAGAUAACCCGUUCAUUCAUCAAGCAGACAUACCAGAAACAAGACAAGAGCAUCAUCCAAGACUUGAAGAAGAAUUUUGAGAUUGUCAAACUAAUCACAGGAUCCCUUGUAUGCUGCCAUCGACUUGCAGUGACAGCUGCUGGUAACAGCGGCCUCUCAGGCUCAACCCUGGUAGAUGGACGAUACACCUACCAAGAGGUAUGGAUAUUCGCUCUCACUGACAUCAAAAAGGGACAGAGCUCCCUGGGAGCUUUUCUUGAUCAAACCCAGAGUUCCUCUCUGAUAUCUCCCAUCCUGCUGGGCUUGAAGCUGCUCUCUUUUGAUAUCACAAUGUGUUUUGAGUGGUUCACAAAAGGGCAACAUGACCUUGAGAGUGAUGUUCAGCAGCAACUCUUCAAGGAGAAGAUCUUAAAACUGGAACCCUAUGAAAUCACCAUGAAUGGUUUUAAUCUUUUUAAGACCUUCUUUGAGAAUGUUAACCUUUGUGAUCAUCGACUAAAACGCCAAGGAACUCAGCUGUGUGUGGAGCGCAUUGACCUGGCAGGGAUGGACUUUAUCUGGCGCAUCGCCAUGGAGACCCCUGAUGAAGAAAUAGCCAAUGAAGCAAUCCAACUUAUUAUCACAUAUAGCUACACCAACCUCAAUCCCAAGAUGAAAAAGGAUUCUGUGUCUUUGCACAAGAAGUUCAUUGCUGAUUGCUACAAACGACUAGAGGCAGCCAGUUCGGCCCUGGGUGGGCCUACUUUGACACAUGCUGUUACUAAAGCAACCAAGAUGCUGACAGCCACGGCCAUGCCGACUGUGGCCACAUCUGUACAAUCACCAUCCAGAUCCACUAAGCUGGUGAUAAUUGAAAGACUGCUGCUUUUGGCUGAGCGCUAUGUCAUCACUAUAGAGGAUAUGUACUCAGUUCCUCGCACUAUUCUACCUCACGGGGCCUCUUUCAAUGGACACCCUGUCACUCUUCACAUCACCUACGAGUCAACCAAAGACACUUUUACCUUAGAGACUCACAGUAAUGAAACAGUAGGAAGUAUCCGGUGGAAGAUAUCUGAGCACUUGAGCUGUCCGGUGGAUAAUGUCCAAAUCUUUGCCAAUGAUAGUGUGUUGACCAUGAAUCGAGACCAUAAGCUGCUGUCUCAGCUUGGCUUUAGCGAUGAGCAGAGCCUCACUGUGAAGAGCUCAGGCACUGGCACUCCCUCUGGCAGCUCCGAGUCCUCAGCCUCUGCCUCCAGCAGUUCCAGCUCUGCUGUCUUCAACUCUGCUUAUGCCCUAGAGCAGGAGAAGUCUCUGCCUGGAGUUGUGAUGGCUUUGGUCUGUAAUGUGUUUGAGAUGCUUUACCAGCUAGCAAACCUUGAUGAGUCCAGGAUCACUCUGCGUGUGAGGAAGUUGCUGCUGCUGAUUCCAACAGAUCCUGAAGUACAGGAUGCACUUGACAACUUUGUUCCCAAAGAAUCCAGCGUCUGGAGCCAUCAGAAAACACUCUUCACCCUCGGCCAGGGUACAGGCUCUCGUUCUCCUUCUAUGUCCUCCAAGCAGCAACAUCAGCCCAGUGCUGCUUCCAUCUUGGAGUCUCUUUUUAGAUCUUCAGCCCCUGGCAUGUCCACAUUCAGAGUGCUCUACAACCUUGAGGUGUUGAGUUCAAAACUCAUGCCCACAUCUGAUGAUGAGAUGGCCAAAACCAGCAGCAAAUCCUUCUGUGAGAAUUUCCUGAAAGCAGGAGGCCUCAGUCUGGUGGUAAAUGUUAUGCAGAGAGACUCCAUCCCAUCAGAAGUGGACUAUGAGACCAGACAAGGGGUCUACUCAAUCUGUCUUCAGUUGGCCAGGUUCCUUCUGGUUGGUCAAAGCAUGCCUGCUGUACUGGACGAUGAUGUCAUCAGGGAUGGCGAUGCGCUAUCAUCUCGGCCGUUCCGUAAUGCUGGGCGAGCAGGGCGACAGCUCUCUCUAUGUGGCACUCCAGAGAAGUCCUCCUACAGACAGAUGUCUUUGUCUGAGCGAUCAUCCAUAAGAGUUGAAGAAAUCAUACCUGCUGCACGUGUCGCUAUUCAGACCAUGGAAGUGGGGGACUUCACUUCCACAGUGGCCUGUUUUAUGCGUCUGACCUGGGCGGCUGCAGCAGGUCGAUUAGAUCUGGUUGGUAGCCCACAGCCAAUCAGAGAGACGCAUGGCUCUCUUCUGCCCCAGGGAGUACGCACUAGAGUCAGCAGCACUGGGAGUAACUGCAGCUCCAGUAGCGAGGGCGAGACCACACCAACAGCAUUGCAUGCAGGGAUAUGUGUCAGACAGCAGAGUGUCUCCAUCAAAGAUGCCAUCAUCGCCCGCGAGGCUUUGUCUCUGCUGGUUACCUGUUUGCAGUUACGCUGUCAGCAGCUGUCUUCUUUUUACAACCUGCCUUCUGUCAAUGAUUUUAUUAUUGAUAUUCUGCUCGGAUCUCCCAGCGGAGAGAUCCGCCGUGUGGCUUGUGAUCAACUGUACACUUUGAGCCAAACUGACACAUCAGCCUUCCCUGAAGUCCAAAAACCUAACUUGUUCCUCCUUUCAGUUAUCCUGACUGCUCAGCUCCCAUUAUGGAGCCCCACAUCUGUAAUGAGAGGGGUCAACCAAAGAUUGCUGUCCCAGUGCACUGAAUACUUUGAUCUAAGAUGCCAGCUUUUGGACGACCUAACUACGUCAGAGAUGGAGGUGUUAAAAGUGAGCGCAGCCACCAUGCUGGAGGACGAGAUCUCUUGGCUUGACAAUUUUGAGCCUAGCUGGAGCUCUGAGAUGGAGACCAGCGAGGCAGAUAACAUCCUCCUAGCAGGGCACCUCAGACUUAUCAAGACCUUGUUGUCUCUCUGUGGCAAUGAGAAAGAACAUCUUGGUCCAUCUCUCAUCCAGCAGUUGCUCGAUGACUUCCUGUUUCGAGCCUCACGCAUCAUUAUCAACAGCUCCAACCCUACAACUUCCCCGGCCCCCAGCCAUGAUUUCCACCCAAAACCCCCUGUAGAGAGCCGUUCAGUCUCAGGUUUUGUUGGGUUGAAGAACGGUGGAGCCACCUGUUAUAUGAAUGCUGUGUUCCAGCAGCUUUACAUGCAGCCCGGCCUCCCAGAGGCUUUCCUGUCCAUUGAAGAUGACACAGACCAGCCUGAAGAGAGUGUUUUCUAUCAGGUCCAGUCUCUAUUUGGCCAUCUGAUGGAGAGCAAACUCCAGUAUUAUGUACCUGAGAACUUCUGGAAGAUCUUCAAGAUGUGGAACAAAGAGCUAUAUGUAAGAGAACAGCAGGAUGCCUAUGAGUUUUUCACUAGCCUGGUGGAUCAGCUUGACGAACAUCUCAAGAAAAUGGGUCGAGAGCAGAUCUUCAAAAACACAUUUCAGGGAAUUUUCUCUGACCAGAAGAUCUGUAAAGACUGUCCUCACCGAUAUGAGCGUGAGGAAACAUUCAUGGCACUGAACCUUGGAGUGACCUCUUGUCAGAGUUUAGAGAUCUCAUUAGACCAGUUUGUCCGAGGAGAGGUGCUAGAGGGCAGCAAUGCCUACUACUGUGAGAAAUGCAAAGAGAAGAGGACCACAGUGAAGAGGACAUGUAUCAAAUCCCUGCCCAGUGUUCUCUGUAUUCACCUUAUGCGCUUUGGCUUCGACUGGGAAAGCGGACGAUCUAUCAAAUAUGAUGAGCAGAUUAGGUUCCCCUGGGUGCUGAACAUGGAGCCCUACACUGUAUCUGGAAUGGCUCGUCAAGACUGCAGCGGAGAGGGAGGCGAGGGGAGAGGCGACGGGAGCUCAGGAGGGUCACCCAGGAAAAAAGUCACAAUUUCUGAGAACUAUGAGCUUGUGGGAGUUGUUGUCCACAGUGGUCAGGCGCAUGCUGGCCAUUACUACUCUUUUAUUAAAGAUAGACGCGGUGGUGCACGUGGUCGGUGGUACAAGUUCAAUGACAACGUGGUAGAAGAGUUCGAUAUGAACGACGAAACUUUGGAGUACGAGUGCUUCGGUGGGGAGUAUCGUCCCAAGGUUUAUGACCAGUCCAACCCUUACCCUGACGUGCGGAGGAGAUACUGGAAUGCCUACAUGCUGUUUUAUCAGAAGAUCAGCGACCAGAAUUCGCCUGUUCUGCCCAAAAAGAGCAGAGUCAGCAUCAUGAGACAGGAAGCUGAGGACCUUUCACUGUCUGCUCCAUCUUCUCCUGAUGUUUCCCCACAGUCCUCUCCACGCCCCCCAAGAGCCAACAAUGACCGUCUCACUCUACUCACCCGUCUGGUCCGCAAGGGAGAGAAGAAGGGCCUGUUUGUAGAGAAAAUGCCCGUCAGCAUCUAUCAGAUUGUGAGAGAUGAGAAUCUGAAGUUCAUGAGAAACAGAGAUGUCUACAACAGCGACUACUUCAACUUCACCCUUUCCCUGGCUUCAGUCAAUGCAACAAAACUGAAGCAUCCAGGCUACCAGCCAAUGGCCAAAGAGAGUCUUCAGCUGGCUGUUCACUUUCUGUUCCACACCUACUUGCACACCAAAAAGAAACUCAGGGUGGACACAGAGGAGUGGAUGGCGACAGUGGAGGUGUUGCUGUCUAAGAGCAGUGAGGCAUGCCAGUGGAUGGUGCAGUACCUGGUGGGGCCAGAGGGACGCGAAAUCGUCAAGGUUUGUCUGUUGGAGUGCAGUGUAAGAGAGGUGAGGGUGGUGGUUGCAUCCAUCCUCGAAAAGACUCUGGAGAGUGCACUUCAGUUUGGAGAUCCAGGACUAGACGGUUUAACAGAUGCUCUGCUCUCCUUACUGGACAAAGAUGUUCCUGAGAAUGUGAAGAACUGUGCGCAGUAUUUCAACCUCUUCAGCAACUUCGCUCAGAGGGGUUGCGGUCCUUGUCAGUUGUUGUUGAAACACUCGGCGUAUCGCCGGAUGCUCAUCUUUCUGUUGGGCCCCAAUAGGCAGAACAACCAGAACCGAAGGUGGAGUCCAGCUCAGGCUCGGGAGUUUCUUCACCUGCACAGCACUCUGGCCCUGAUCACUCUGCACUCUGACCUCAGCCCCCAGCGCACACAGGCUCCCGGAGGGCUUAAGCUGCGCCUGAGUAGUGUCCUGUCCUCCACCCCUCUUCUCCCUCUCCAUGCGGACAUCCUUGCCUCACUCUUUACUCCAGAAGGACAGCCUUACCUUCUAGAGGUGAUGUUUGCAAUGCGCGAGUUAUCAGGCGCACUGUCUCUCCUGAUAGAGAUGGUGACCUACAGCUCGUUCUGUAAUGAGCCCUUCUCUCUGGGAGUCCUGCAGUUACUCAAAACACAGCUGGAAACAGCUCCACCUCAUGAACUGAAGAACAUUUUUCUGAUGCUGCAGGAGCUUCUAGUAAUGGAAGACCCUCUGCAAUCCCAGAGACUCAAGUAUGCUUUUGAGUCAGAGAAAGGUCUAUUAGCUUUGAUGCAGCAGAGCAACAAUGUAGACAGCAGGCGCUGCUACCAGUGUGUUAAGUUCCUGGUCACAUUAGCUCAAAAGUGUCCUCAAGCUAAGGACUACUUCAAGGACUUGUCUGGCACCUGGAGUUGGGCGGUGCAGUGGCUCCAGAAAAAGAUGACAGAACAUUACUGGACUCCACAGAGCAACGUCUCAAAUGAGACAUCCACCAAUAAAACCUUCCAGCGCACAAUUUCUGCACAGGAUACCUUGGCCUAUGCUACAGCAUUGUUAAAUGAGAAAGAGCAGUCUGGUAGCAGUAAUGGUUCUGACGGCAGCCCGGCGAAUGAAAACGCUGACCGCAGUCUCCGACAGGGGUCAGAGUCUCCCAUGAUGCUCGGUGAUUCUAAGAGCGAUCUAGAAGAUGUGGACCCCUAGGUCGUCCUACCAGUGGGAUCCCUCCAAAGGAGAGGCAGCUCCGGGAAGCCAUUCGAAAAGGCUGCACUUUGCCUCUGAUUGGUCAGGACAUUUAGGACUCCACAGCAAGCCAAUCAGAACAUUUGUCUCAGUCGCUAAGGCAACGAAGGAGCUAUGAAUAAAUCAUGAAUUACUUCCUUUCACAUGAGCCAAGGCGAUGAUGGAGAUGCAUUAUCAUUAAGGGCAGCAGAGUUGAUUAGGGUGGGAAGUGCAAAUAACCUUCCACAAUCAUGGAUGACUUCAGUUUAUCCUUUUAUUCAUUCAUUCACUCAGAAUGACAGCAAGGUGGAGGAUGGGUUUGGGUUGUGUUUUAACAAUUUUCUGCUCAUGUUUGCCAAUUUAUCUACAUAUUCAUAUUGUAAAGAUUUUGUUCCAUAGAUGUUAUUUCCAGUGUAAGAUAAUAUUUUAAAGUGUCCUGUGCUCUUCUCUCACAGCCAUGCAAAUUGCGGGAGGUCACAUUUAGCUGCUCUAGAGGAACUUACAGACAGGAACACCUCCACAUAUGAGCACUUGGGAGGGAGGGUGGGUUUAAGUAUGCACUUUAUAGUCCAACCCAUUCUGUUGUGAUGUACAGCAGCACUGGUCAGUUCCUCUAGAGCCUCGUCUUCUUUUGCUUUUAACAACUUAUAUUUGCAGUGCCACUUAUGCAACACAUGAGAGCCCUGAUGGCAAGCCAGUCUGCCUGUGACUUGACCUUUGACCCUCGGCCACCACAGUGUAGCCAUCGGGAUGCAGUAGGGGGCUGGUCCUGUUGUAUGACGGUUCCAGACCCUCAGCAUAUCUGAAACAAGCAGUGCCAUGGUCAGUACUCUCCCUCCACUCCUCCUCCUUGCUGACAAGCGGCCUCGUGUUCUGGAUUUUAUUCUUUUUGUCGCUGUGUUUUAUUUUCAAUGCCACUUUUCUUUGAAUCUGGAUGAAUUGAAUUACUGCAGAGGAUUAGGGACUCGAGCCUUAUGCAGGAAAAAGCUGAUCUGGAAGAGCGCAGAUCAGUUGUGGUGGGCCAUCAGUGCUGCCUGAAGGGGAGCUCAGGAGCAGGUUUUUAUUUUUAGGUGCCAAGGUUACACACACACAUGCACACAAAAACUAGAACUUCUGAAAAACAUGCAGGCGUGUGUCACUCAUUCACUUCGCUCACAAAGACAGAGAACAGGUCCUCUUCACCUCACUGUUACCUCUGCUUUAUCAGGUUUCUUUUUUUUUUCUGAUGGAGUUUACAUUUUGCUUUGCCUUUUGCUUUUGUCAACCUUUGGAAACACACACAGAGGAGCUAAACCCAAAUGUAGCUCUAGUUUUUACUGGAGAGCAACACCCAUGUUACCAUCAUCCCUGCCCCCAUCAUCGGGAGACUUGAAGUGCCUUAACCUCCCGAUCUCCCUCCCGUCUCCCCUCGGACACUGUCUCGUCACAUCUCCGAUGAGGUACGUCCUCACCUGCUCCACCCGUGACGCUAAACCAAGUGUCUCCUGUGGUCAUGUAGAAGGGCAACAGGGCUUCUUCCUUUGCAUUAUUCUUGAAACUACUACAGGGAAUUUCCUCUGUGUGUUGUGACAAAGGACUGUAGGAAUGUAACUGUUGACUCUGUGUGUGAAUGGGGAGGUGGGCGUGGAAGUUUUACCCAGUAACACAGGGUUUAGGCAACACGACAGGGUUCUGAUGAUGGUAAAAUGCUGCUUCUCUUCACUCUGCACUCAGACAGAGACACUUUGUAGAUAAUUCAUGCUAGGUAGUUUUAAUGAAGUCACGCUUUCACUAACAUGUUUUAAGACAUGAGCCUAAACUUGCUUAGCAGAUUAGCUCUCAGCUUUAACAGGUCAAUGUUUACAAUGUAAGGACCUAGGAAGCUACCAUGCAAAAUGAUUUUCUGUUGGAAUCAACGUGCGAUCAAUCCGCUGGCUCCUCUGCAUCCGAGAAGAGGAAAGACACUGCUUUAGCCCUUCCAUGCUCCUCCACCCCAUUUUCCUCUCAUUAGAUGUGAAUGUCACAUCGUGCUCUCCAGCACGUUUGCAUGUGUGGCAGUAAGUGAUGGUGAGGUUUGUCUUUUCUGCGUGAUGGAAAAAAACAAAAUCAGCCCCCACCCCCUCCACAUGUUGUUUGCUGUGUAAUUUGGUAUCAUUAAUGUCACAAACACACGCCCCUUCAUAGUGGCUGGUUAUGGGCGAUCUGAAGGAGCUGCAUGCAGUCUGUGCCAAGUGAUUACAUGACCAUGGCAACAUGAGUUACAUUCAGCCAAGAGUUUUGUUGGUUUGGCCCUCUGCUACAUCACCACAAAUACUUAAAAAUAGAAAAAAAGAAAAAAAACAACUUCAAAACAAUCUUGUUUUAAUCCUGGGAUGCAGGGAGGGAUGGGUAGGUGCGAGGUUAGGGAUUGGCAUCUAUACGGGUUUUUACUGUCAUUCAAUUUUGAAACUUCACUUCUGACAUCGCAAGACUCUGUAAUGCAUGUUAAGACUCAGUUUUAAUUUGUACAUCAGAGUUUGAUUAAGGGGAAAUUUGAUAUAAAAUAAACUGGAAUGCACAACC